AUGAACGUUGGCCGACUACUUCAGAUUAUAUUCUUGGGUGUUCUAAUUCGAGAAUCAUUCGGAAUGUGGUGUUUUGAUGGAUCAGAUUGUGAAGCUACUGACACGUGUGCCUUAUGCGAUGGAGCUGCUUGCCUUCGCGUUCAAAGGAACCAUCCACAGCGGGGAUUAUCAGUGGCGAUGACGUGUCUACCUCACGAUUCCCUCAUUCACACAUAUCAUCCAGAAGGAUGCCGAACUGAACUCGGAUCUGGCGAAAAGCUGUGUCUAUGCUCUAAUCGCGACUUCUGCAAUUCAUCGCCGACGCGGUUUUUGCUAUAUAUCUUCUUUCUAGUAUUGCUCUUGAUGUGA